CCGAGUUUUUUAAACAAAAAGCAAUUUUUUUUUCACAAAAUCUGUUGCAAGCGCUGAAUAAAAAAACAGAGAGAGUGCAAACCCAAUCGGGUAGUUAUUUUUUUAAAAGGAGCGGAACACGUCCGAAAAAGAAGUACGAACGCGCUGCGUAAACCGUAAACCAAAAGAAAAACCAGUUAUGUAUUCGCAGCAGCCCCAAGUUCGCCCAGUGUUUCCUUUUUGUGGAGCCAAAGAGUUGAAAAAUGUAUAAAAAAUGUCAAUGAAAGUGUCGCGAAAUGCGCCCCAAGUGGAGUUUUAGCGCUAAUUGUUGAUUUGGUGGCAGCCACAAGAGCAGCCAUCGCCAGCUUGGCCGGACCAGGCCCCGCUUUUGGUACAAGUUUAAGCCGAUUUCCUGCGAAACUCUUGCCAACUAAAAUAUUACUUGUGCAACAACGACAACAACGAAAAGCAGCGGGAAAAAGCCAACAAUUGGCACAUUUGGCGAUAAAUCAGCGAGCGAAAUCGUCAUCAAAACGCAACGCUGACAGCAACAAAGAAGAAGAAGAAUACGAAGAAGAGGAAGAGGAAGAAGCAGAAAUAACGGUGUGAACUUUAGCAGACGCUGCAGAAAGAAAGAAACAAGAGAGACUCGUAGGAAAGAGGGGAAAACGAAGACGAAGACGAAUCCAACAAAAACGAACAACGAAGCAGAGCGAGAGAGGAAGAGAGAGAGAGCGGGAGAGAGAGAGGAGCAGCAAGGGUCCUGCUGCAUAUCGAUUUUGCUAUUCUGGAGACUAUUUUUAGUGGCAUCCUCGCAGUAUCUUGGCGCGUAUCUGCUUUGAGGCUUUGAGGCAGGUUGGCAGCCAGCAGCAUGUGGCCAUGUAGGCAGCCCUAGACACUGACAGCCACAGCAAAAAAACAACAAAGAAAGAGGGGAGCCCAAGCCCAAGCCCAGGCCCAAGCCCAAGACCAAGCCCAAGCCCAAGCCCUAGCCACUUGACAGCCACUUGGCAUUCAGGCAGCAGCAGCGGCAGCGAACCAUAACCAGGCAGACCGGAAAAGCGUCGAUGAGUUGAGGCCUCGAACCCCAUCCUCCACAUCCUCUGGCCUCUCCACCGUCCCCUCGGCCUGCUCGCGUGGCUGCUUCGACUGGAACUGGAACUGAAACUGAAACUGGAACCCCGUCCACCGCCAUCGUACCCUUGGCCAGAAUGGACGCGGACGCGGACGCAUCGCCCACAUCCCCUGCGGCGGGUCCUGCUCUGGUAUCGGGCAGGUCAUUGGACCAGCAGGUGGACGCCUCGCCCAAUCACUCGAACUACUCGAAUCUCACGAACAACAGCAGCCCGAGCCCAAGUGGGAGCAGUGUCUGCAGUCCCUCCACCACCUCCUCCUCCUCGUCGGCGCCCCAGUACAGCGAGGAUUUGCGAGCGGCAGUCGCUGCCGGGCGCCACAAUCAGAAUCCCAUAACCAAUCCCAUUCCAAAUCAGAAUCAGAGCCAGAAUCAGAGCCAGAGCCACAGUCACAGCGGAUCGGCGGGCACAGGCGGCUCGUCGUCGGGCAAGACCUGCGAGGUGGAUGUGGGCGAGGAGGAGCGCGACACCUUCUCGCCCGUGUCCAGUCCGGACUGCAACGGGGCGGCCUCGGCUCUGGGAGCAGAGGUUAUUGCCUCCGGCAGCGAACCGGGCCUGGACAACAAGAUCUUCGAAGGGGGCAGCGGCAGCAAGGCGAAACCGGCCUCCAAAGAGGAGAAGCAGCGCCAGAACGAGGAGAUCGUGUGCAUGGAGACCUCCACAGUAUCGACAGAGACCGGCUCCUGGGAGUCGAUGUAUCCGGUGGCCGUAGAGCCCCCGCCAGCACCACCGUCGGCGCCGGAGGAUGAUGACACCAUGGGCCCCGAGGCGGAGUCCAGUUCCGUGUUCAAGGGGAUCAGCGCCAGUUGCCUGCUGCGGGAUCUGGAGAAGCGCGAGCAGCCGCUGUCCACAUCCGGGACGAGUGCCUGCUUCAUAGACGCCUCCUCGCUGCGCGACGAAGAUGAGGUGCUGUCCUUUCCCAGCCUGGACGGGCAUGCCCAGGAAGAGGAGAACGAGCACGAGAACGAGAACGAAGAGGAGCACGGAGCGGAGGUCGAAGCAGGAGCCGACGGGCAGGAGGAGACCCUGGAGGCUUCGCCCACCCAGCAGCUGGAGCAGUUCCACAAGGCCUUUGCCAGGUGCAAAGGCUCGAGCACGGGCACGAGCCAUGGCCAUGGCCGCAGCAGCUCCAACGACGCCGACUCCUCCGACUCCUCGCUGAGCGUCAAAAUGCGACGAGAGCAGGAGGAGCAGGAGCGCCCCAUGGCCUCGUUGGGCGGCGGGGGGCCCUACAGCUUCCAGCACAAUGCCCAGCACUUUAGUGUGCAUCCGUUGGGGAGCAGCCCCAAGUUUGCGACCCACCACCACCACAGCAGCAGCCAGAACCACAACCAGAACCACAACCACAACAAUGGGCAGCCCGAUCUCAGCUACACGACGGACUAUUCGUCCAGCAGCCCGGCUCCCAGUCUGGUCUGGUCGGAGCAGGGCAGAGCCGCGCAUGCGCCGCACUCCUCGGCCUCCGCCUCGGCCUCAGCGUCGACCUCGACGCCACACAACUCGAUGGUGCACAUAGAGCCCGCCUCGGGGAGCAACAACAGCUCCAUCCACAGAGACUACACCUUGUCGUCGUCCCUGUCGCAUCACCGCGACUCGGGCGCCUACUGCAGCGAUGCCACGGACUCGCCGCUGCCCCUGCCGCGCACCCCGAAGCGCUGCUCGAAGUUCGACGAGGCCAAUCCGAUAGUGUCGGGCGGGGCCUCCAUCGAGGACUUCCGGCAGAAGCAGUGCGAGAGUCCCGGCAUCAAGCGGCGCACCGACACCUGCCCGAUCGUGUCGGGCGGCUUUGUGUCGCUGGACUUUGCCCCCACGCGUCCCCUGCAGGACGACGAUGAGGAGGACGACGACGCCGACGACGCGGAGAUCUCCGGCGUGGAGCUGCGCGUGAAAUCGGGCGCCAGUGCGGGUCUCCAGAGGAAGCCGGCGCCCGGCAUAGCCUCCUGGGUGGUGGACAUGAGCGACUGUCGCCCGGAGCGCCGCCGGAGCACCAGCAGCACCACCUCCAGCUUCCGCGAGCGCUCCGACUCGAACAGCUCGCACAAGAGCGGCUGCGGCUUCUACGUCUCCCUCGACGACAUGGACCGGAAGCCGUCGUCGGAGCAGCCACCGGCCAAGCCCCAGCCCCCGCCGCCGCCGUCGCAGCUCAGCAAAUCCUACACGGCUCCCAAGUCCGCGGGCUUCUUCGUGAAUCUCUCGCAGAACGAGGCCGAGCAGCAGGAGCCCGGCGUCCCGCUGGUAGCGGACGAAAAGGAGAAGCAGCAGCCGCCGCCGGAGCAGAAGAACAUCUUCAGCAUGUUCAUUGACAUUGGCGGCGAGCAGAAGACGCCCCGCGCCAACGGACGCAAGGAGCCCCUCAGUCUGGCCCAGCGUCUGUCCAGCUCGCUCAGCUCCUCAUCGGCCGCCGUCCAGCGACGCGGGGAGCUCGGCGGGGACGUGAUGAAGUCCAGUGCCAGUUCGACGGAGACUCUGAUGGCCAAGAGCGCCACGCAGAAGGAGAUGCUGCCAGCAGGAGAAAGCAAGUCCCUGGACUACAGAUGCAAUCUGGAUCCCCCGCUCACGGUGGCCGCCCUGCGUCGCAUCUCGCAGCAGCAGCGGCAGCAGCAGCAGCAGAGCGAUCCCACGAAGCGGCACAGCUGGGGCAGCAACGGGAGCCCGGAGCAGCACGGAGGGGCACCGGGCAACGACUGCAAGCGGUCCAUCAGCCUGACGGCCAACGGAGUGAACGGCAGCGACUCCUCCGGGGCGGGCCUGAUGAGCAUCAUCGACAAGCUGCCCAUCAUCUCGAAGGCCUCCUCGCUGUCGGUGGACAGCUCCCUUUCGCCCUACGACGACUACAGCGGCGGCUCGAAUGCGGGCGGGCUGAGCAGCUACUCCGACGAGGAGCAGCAGCAGCAGCAGAUGGCGGGGGGCCGCCUCAAGAAGCGGCGCCGCGAUGCGCAGCUCAACGAGACGUACGACAAGAGCAGCAUGGCCUCCGUGACGGAGGGAGUGCUGUCCAAGGACAUGUCGCCGGCCUCCAACACGGACACGGACGAUCUCACCUUCCAGCAGGACGAGCAGCUGGCCCAGCAGCAGCAGGCCCUGGAGCAGCACCAGCAGCAGCAGCAGCAGCAGCAGCAGCUGAUUCCGAUCCAGUUGAGCAGCAGCUCCAAUCGCACCAGCGUCAUGGAAACGAUCAUCGAGGCCAAGGAGACGGCCUCGCCCAAGAAAACGGCCACCGGGUCGGUCCCGGUCCCGGUCUCGUCCUCCCUCACCAACGGCCAUACCAUGGAGUCCCUGCACGCCACCAUCGAGAAGCAGAAGCAGCUCCUGGAGACGGUCAACGAGCACGGGGAGCAGCAGCAGCAGCAAAAGCUGCCGGCACCGGCACCCUCCGCCUUUGUGAAGCUCUCGGACAUGGACAAGCCCGUGAAGCACGACCUCCAGUCGCCGGAUUCGAUGAGCAAGAGCGUCGGCAACAACCACCGCAGCAGCCACAGCUCCCAGCUGGGGCAGCGCCUGUACCGCGACGAGAACAAGGGACGUCCCCACUCCUGGGCCAUGACCCGAUCGACGGGCAACAGCUUGCAGAACUUCACCAACUCCGUGGACAACAUCCGAAGCCUGUCGCGGCUGUUCCCCAACUUCUCCAAGGAGUUCUCCAACUCCCUGCCGAACGACAUGACCCUGGAGCUGACGCAGGCCCAGGCGUUGGCCCAGGCGCAGGCGCAACAGCAGGUGGACUACAUCCAGACCGAUCUCAGCGCCGACUCCAGUCUGGCCUCCAGCUUCAGCAGAUCGGGCAUGGACGAGUCCUCCCUCAGCUGCCGGCAGCCGCGUCGCCUGGGCGAGGACCUGCUCAAGAUGUUCCUGCAGGAGAUCGCCACCGAUAUGCUGGUCGAAGUGCAUGGCCGUCGCAUCCGGGCCCACAAGUGCAUCCUGCGCUCGAGAUGCCAGUACUUUGCGGCCAUGCUGGCCGGCCACGGAUCCCAGAGCGUCGUCUCCCUGCAGGGCUACUCCUACGCGGCAGUGCACUUCGCCCUGUGCCACAUCUAUUCGGGGGCCUCCCAUCCCCCGGACGGGAUCAGCCUCAUGGAGCUGGCCGCCCUGGCCGACCUGCUGGGCCUGGAGGGCCUCAAGGAGGUCACCUCGCACGCGCUCAAGACGAACUACUGCCACAACUUCCACAAGCCGUGCUCCGGCUGCAUCGACGGCAUCCUGCAGGUCCUGCCCGUGGCCCUCAACCAUGCGCUCGACGAUCUCUAUCGCAAGUGCCUGCGCUGGACCUGUCGCCACUACCUCAAGGUGUGGCCCACGCGCCAGUUUGCCCAGCUCCCGCCCGACAUACUGGGACGCUGCCGUCAGCAGAUCAUUGCCUACAUGACCUCGGAGACGGUGCUGGACACGGUGCUCGACUGUGACCAUCUGCUGGCGCAGCUCUCGGCCUACCGCUGGGGACACGUCUGCGAGCAGCUGGUGCGGGACAUACUGGACGCGGCGCACGCCUAUGUGGGCGACCACUUUGCCAGCCUGAUUGCCAGCGACGCCUUCCUGUCGCUGGGCCACGACCGGAGUCGCCACAUUCCCCAUCUGGAGGCCCUGCUGCGGCAGGCCGCCUCGGAGCUGACGCCGGAGCAGGCGUGCCGUAGCUACCAGCGGGUGACGCGCCUGAAUGCGGUGCUGCGAGCGAAGCUGCACAACGUGCCGGGGAAUCUGAGCGAGCUGGUGCAGGAGCUGCACGGCCUGCAGGAGGAGGAGCAGCUCGACUGGAAGCCGGACUACGUGCGGCUGGUCUGUGCGCUGGUCUACACCGUCGAGCAGUGCCUGAUCCGGCAGUGCUCGCGGGCGAUGCGCGUGACCGCCUGGCAGCGCAUGGACCUGGAGCUGCGCAAGAAGAUCCAGGGCAUGGCCCGACUCACGGAGCCGCUGGACAUGAAGCGCCAGGGCGGCAAGGCGGUGGGCAAGGCCUUCUCCUUUGGCGGCAGCACCCGCAGCCAGGAUCUGGUGCAGAUAAAGCUGGCCAUCCAGGCCCAAUCGAAGCGGGCCCACGCCCAGGAGACGCACAUGUACAAGGCCACCCAGACGCAGGAGGCGGGCGCCUCCAACCAUGUCCAGACAGCGGACCGCGGCGUGCAGGCCAACCACGAUCCCCGGGAGGGAGGCAGCAAACUGCUCAAAUCGAACUCGCGUGCCCACGUGCCACAUCGCGCCGCCUCCCAGGUGGCCUCCGAGCGGAACAGCAUCAAUCUGCACCGACGCACGCAGUCCGAGGCGCCGCCAGUGACGCAUCACAAGAAGGCGGCGGUGGCGGUGGUGGCGUCGGCGGCAGCAGCAGCCGAGGCCAAGGCAAAGCCAACGGCAGCCCCGCGAUUGGGCGAAAUACGACCCCGGUACUUGGAGCCGCGCAAGCCACGGGCACCGCUCGCCAAUGGACCCGUGCGCAGUGCCACCAGCUCGAGCAUACCCGCCACUGGGGGGGCCCGGAAGGCGCCGGCCAAGAAUCUGCACAUCUCCUCCAGCGACAGCUCGAGGAACUCGAGUCCGGCGGCAGCCCGGCGAGUGCAGAACGGAAACGGCGCACGUCUAGGCAACAAGUCGAGCAAUCUCUCCAUGGACAGCCUAUCCUCACCGGCCAGACGGGCCAAGAGCAGCUCACGAGCCCCCACCAACGACAGAUACUCAUCCGAUCAGAACGUCGACUCGCUGGCGGAGAGCAUGAAGAGCUCCGUCAUCACGAACAAAACGAUCUCACACGAAUCCCUCUCGGGCAGCUCGAAGCUGGCCCGCAUCCAGCAGCUGAAUGGCCACGCGGCGGGGGCCAAACAGGCGCCAGCCGGCGGCAAAGGCAGGCAGGCGAAGCCCCUCCAGCGCGGCCCCACGGUGGGCAACAAGUCGACGCGGCAGCUCAAGCAGCAGCAUAAUGGAAUGGCCUCGAACGGGUCCAGUCCCAAUUCGGUGCACACGACCAAGUCGGCCACCAGUCGCCUGUCCUCCGUCAGCAGUACGCUCUCCACCCGGGAGCUGUUCAAGCAGCGCUCCAUUUCGGUGCCAGCAGGCGGCACAGAUGGGGCACCGGGCAGCAAGGGACGUCCCAGCUUCCUAUCGGCCAAGUCGCGCGAGAUCCUGGCCAAGCGGGCGGAGAAGAACAAGCUCCAGCAGCAACAACAGCAACAGCAGCAGCAGCAACAGAAGCAAACGGAAAGUCUGGGAGAUGAGCGCGGGUCGCAUCAUCUGCGCUCCUCCGCCGGCCCCCUACGCUCCUCCUCACAUUCCGCUGUGGCCAGCAUGCUGCAGCAGCACAAUCUGCGCAACAGUCUGCCCUCCAAUAUACCCACACGACGUCCCAACACGCUGCAGCUGAAGAAGACCACCGCUGUCUCGAAUGGCGUGGCCACCAAGGUGACCACCAACGGGAUCAACGGCUCGUACAAGGCCGCCCAGGCGGUCAAGCAGAAGCUGGACCUGCUCAUCGAUGCUCAGAUGGAGGAGGCGAUGCCCAUGCCCAUGGAACGAGUCGAGUCGAAGCUCGAGCGCUCCAGCACCUUCUGCAAGGAUAGCGCUGAUCUGGAUAUCAGCGAACUACAGAUUGUGGAGUAGAGCAAAACAUGAAAACAGCUGGCAGCAGCAGAAUGAGGUCGUAUCAAAUAUGGCCCCAGAGACGGCCCAGCCCAGCCCAGCCCGGCCCAGUCCAGUCCCCGCAGAACCGUACACACGUCCCAUAAGGCAACACUAGUCAAUAAUCUAGCAUGCGGCUGCAGUUGCAGUUGGAGAGCAUGAAACCAUUUAACCAUAACAAUAAAUAUUAACAAGAAGAUGUUACUUCCUACUACCACAAGCGAAAUAAGAGAGAUCCAGCGGCGGAAACGAAUACCCCACGGAAAUCCGCAAUACAAUUACAACACGUGUUAUCCAACUUAGAGCAGAAACAAAAGUUAUUGCCCCCGUUUAAGCAGAACCCCCACUUCCACUUCCACUCCCUUACCCACUCCCCACUCCAGAAAUAUUAGUGCAUUAGCUUAUUACGAUAUGGAAACCGAUGCGAGAGCCCUGGAGGGAUUGUGUGCAGAGCAGAGCAGAGCAGAGAUCGGAUCGGAUCGGAUCAGAUCAGAUCAGGCAAACAAAAAUGGAAUAACAAAUAUUUGGUGAUAUUAUUUAGAGUGCGCUUUACUCGUAUGUUUAUGUUAAAUGCUAAACGAAAAGUGCUUUUUACUACCCCCCAGCCCGAAAAAUGGAAAGUCUACUUAAAGUAUGAUCUAGCGAAUGUGUGCACUGAAGGACACCCCUGCUCUCCCGCUCCCGCUCUACGCUCUAUGCGCUUUGCAAGCUGCAUUUAAAGUCUUCUACUCUCCUGCUUUAUCCCGCCCAAAAGAAAAAUAAAAAUAAAUAUAAUGUAUACUCCCCAUAUACCACAUAAAAAAAGAGAGAAAACUAAACGGAAACCAUGUCUCUACUCCAUAAUUAUUUAAGCUUGAAUUCUUUUUUUUUUAUACUGUUGUUUAUUUAACUCGUACUCGUAAUACUACUGGCGCAUUACUUCAGCAAGGCAACCAAGGAAACGUCUUUUAUAUUAUACAUGUGUAUUAUUUGAAUUCAUAAUAAUAAUUUAUACAUUUUAAUUAUUUGAUAUAUUAUAGUACUACUAUAUAAUAUGCGAACC